UGCCUACUUCGUAACUUACAGACUUAUCAUGAUUAAUCGAAAUUCCGCUCUGGGUCCGCGUCGUUUGGGUACAGUAAAGCCUGUCUUAGUUUGUGACCAGAAACGGACUGCACGUACGGACUCCCGGGAGAAUCAUGACCGCCGAGAGCUGCAGCUGAGCCGGCUGGGCUGCCUGCAAGCGCCCUGGAGACCGAGUGAAACGCCCAGACUGCCCUCACAUCUGGAAACCAAACCAGUGAUCCUGGAGAAUGUGGGACAACAACACGUGGGGAAGGCGACUACAGAUGACCCACCAAAGAUUGUCGACCAAUCCAUUAACAGCAACUCUCCAGAUUCCACAGGAGGAAGUAAGAGUUUGCCAGUUUGUCAUACCCAGGCUGAAAAAAGAGCAGAUAUCGUUUCCCUGAGGAGGCAUCUUGGCCACGCCAGGCGUUUGGCAUCAGCAAUUAAGCGGGGCCAGAGCUACUUCCACCUCCUGCAGAAAGAGGAACAGGAGGAGCAGGAGGAGGAGAGGCAGCGGAUGAGGAGGGAGGAACAGCUGAGAACAGAGCCACGACCUCCCAGUUUCUCCUCUGACUCAGAUAGCGAUUCAGAGGCGUGGCCUCUGCCUGCAGGAACCAGCUGGUCAGGUGCGAAUGAAGCAAGGCCAUGCAGGAAGAAGAGCCAGUCAGCACGACCUUUCACCCCUGUCCAUCACUCUCUGACCUCCCCUCUGCUGAGUCAAGCACCGAGGAAGGUCAUCUACCGCCAGCUCUGCUGUCUGAAUUGGCUGCUGGAGGCCUUGACUCUGGAUCGCUCUGGCAGAGUCGGCCCCCUCACUGCCUGCUGGGACCCCAAAGACCCUGGCCGAUGCAGGACCACGAUAAAGACGCUGAAAAAAGAGAAAGCCAUUGAGAACAAAUGGGAGCAGUUUGUUUCCACCAAGCCUCGGAGAGCUCAUCCCAGGCACCGUCGCAGCUCCUCUGCUCACCUCCACACCCGCAGGAAGUCUUCCUUCAGUGUGUCCUCCCUCUCGGCCUUCACCUCCACCACUGUGGGCAGCAGUGUGUCCUCUUUGGUCCCAGGCACUGAGGAGGACACAGAGUCUCCAGGAGCAGCAGAGGAGACAGACCGGCCUCCCUCAGAGUGUCUUCGCACACUGCCAGAUAUCCACCAGAAGGUCAAGAAAGAGUGCCAAAGCCCACAAACCAGCAGCUUAGUACAAAGCUGUCCUGCCAAGCCCCCGUUAGCCAUCAGCCAUCUAAUCAACAACAAGGCCACCGCGCUACGGGAGCUGAAAGCUGCCUUUGACGAAAGGGUUGAGGGGAUGGCUCAGAGCUAUGUCGACGUCCUGGAGCUCAAAGCCAGGGAGAGGUUAAACAGCGGUCUCCAGAGGUAUCGACCCCUGUGUCUCGUGACUGAACCCCAUGGACUUCCUCAUCAUGUGACCUGCAUGUCCCAAGAGACAGAGGCUCCAAACAACAACAAUAAAAACAAGCACAACAACAAUAUGUGGCUGUCAACUCUGCUGAGCAGCCUGCCCGAGGAGGUGUGCAGGGAGCGAGCGGUGAGCCGGGUGCUAGAGAAGCUGAGUGCAUUUGCAGAGCAGCAGACCCUUAGGGUUCGACCUCAGCUCUUCCUGAAGGUGCUGGCGGGUCUGGAGCCGUGGGAGCUCUGUCUGCCUGAGCUGUGUGUGGCCAUCCAGAUUGCUACAGAACAUGUGGUCCUGAUGCCCAGGGAGGAGUACGAUGCCUGGCUGCGUUCAAGGGUCACUCUGCCCCCACAGGACCACGUGCCCCUCAAACACCAGAUGCAUCCUUUGGGACUAUGUAAUAAUAAUGAUGAGGAGGACCUAUAUGAGUAUGGCUGGGUCGGAGUGGUGAAGCUGGAGCAACCAGAGCUGGACCCCAGUUGUCUCACUGUGCUGGGAAAGGCAAAGAGAGCAGUGCAGCGGGGAGCCACAGCCGUCAUCUUUGAUGUGUCAGAGAAUCCGGAUGCCAUCGACCAGCUCAACCAGGUUGCAGAGGAUCCUCUGAAGCGGCCGGUGGUUUACGUGAAGGGAAAUGACGCUGUCAAGUUGAUGAACAUCGUCAACAAGCAGAAAGUGGCUCGCGCUCGGAUACAACACAGACCACCGAGGCAGCCCACGGAAUAUUUUGACAUGGGCAUCUUCCUGGCUUUCUUCGUGGUUGUGUCGCUGGUUUGCCUCAUUCUGCUCAUCAAGAUCAAACUCAAGCAAAGAAGAAGCCAGAGCUCCAUGAACAGAAUGGCCAUCCAAGCCUUGGAAAAGAUGGAGACAAGAAAGUUCAAGGCCAAAGGAAAGGGCCAGCGCGAGAGCAGCUGUGGAGCCUCUGAUUCACUGAGCAGCAGCUCCACCUCUGACUGCGCCAUCUGUCUGGAGAAGUACAUUGAUGGGGAGGAGCUGCGGGUGAUCCCCUGUGCUCACAGAUUUCAUAAGAAAUGUGUCGACCCCUGGCUGCUCCAGCAUCACACCUGUCCCCACUGUAGACACAACAUCAUCGAGCAAAAGAAGGGAAAUCCAGGACCAGCAUGUAUGGACCCUGGCAACCCAGUCCACAGCCGGCAGCGGGUGGUGCUGCCAGUCCAUUAUCCCGGCAGGGUGCACCGUGCUGGCCAGGUGACAGCCUACCCAACCAGAACCAGCAUGGACCCCCACGGCAACCCCAUCACCGUGCUUACUGUGGACCAGCACCCAGAUCCUCAAGGUCUGUACCCACCCCAAUCAACGUCUGCCUUUCUCCGGAGCUACCACCCCACCCUUCAUCUGGACCACUCGCUCAACCCCCACCACUGCGGAUUAGAGCACCGAGGACCCCCCGCUUACCCAGCACAGCCGCAUCAUGCUGCUUUUAAACGACCCAAGUUCCAUGGUCGCAACUUUUCCAGAGCAGCCUGCUUCUCGCAGUACGAGACUAUGUACCAGCACUACUAUUUUCAGGGGUUGACUUUCCCUCAACAGCCUGAGGGUGGCCAAGGGCCUGCUAUGGCAGGGCAGCUUGGUGGUGGUGGAGGAGGAGGGGCCCACAAGGGCCACCACAGCAGGGCCUUUCAGCAGGGGCUGUUAUACCCCACAGUGGUACACAUGGCACCUGCCUCUUCUUCAAGGAUAGGUGAUACUGGCAGCACUUCUGGCCUGAGCUGUUACCAUGGCCACCGCUCAGUGUGCAGUGGUUACCUUGCUGACUGCCCUGGUAGUGACAGCAGCAGCAGCAGCUCAGGCCAGUGCCACUGUUCCUCCAGCGACUCCAUGUUGGACUGUACCGAGGUCAGCAACCAGGGGGUGUACGGUAGCUGCUCUACCUUCCGCAGCUCGCUGAGCAGUGACUACGAUCCUUAUGUCUACCGGAGUAAGAGUCCGUGUAGGGGCUCCACGGGGGAAGCAGGGGCUGCAGCUUGCACCACAGUUCCUGCUGAGGACUCAUCAUCCCCUGCUCCCUUGGGACAUGACUGUCUCCAGCUCCCUCCUGGAGCUUCGGGAUAUAACUCGGGGGACCACCUCUCCAACUGUAGUUUGGAGCCCAACUACAGCAGUCGCUCAUCACUGGAACCCAGGGAGAACAGCAACACUAGCACUACCUCAGCCGGAGCUCCAGAGGCUACCGGAGCAGACAGGGGAAAAGGGGCGCAGGAGGAGUCAGGGGAGCUUGGGGCUGCAGCCUGCAGUUGCUGCUUUGAGGUGCUUCCUCCAAAUGUGGAGUGCAAAGGGCAGGACUUGGACCAAGCUGGGCCUCUGGCUACAGGACGCUUUCACAGGGGGAUGGACUUUCAGAACUCAACCUCCAAGAACUACUUUGCUCCUGAGCACAUGUGCCCUUCCUCAGAGCAGGUGAGCUACGAAGGGCUGCCUUGCUGCUUCUACAAAGAGAUGAAGGUCCACAGGGCCGCAGCAGGGCGUUACACCGAGGACUACGCUGUCAAUGUGCAGUAUGCCCAUGCAGACUCCGAUGCCUGCUCUGGACAGGGCUGCUGCGAACUCAACCAGAGAAUACCCAUAAUUCCUGAGGACACAGAUUGUGAAUUGGGCACAGGGGCAGAGACCCAGAGCAGUUUAUUGCCCAUCAGUGUCACAGUGGAGGCAGAGGUGCGGACAGGGGAGCGACAUGAGCCCAGGGAGGGGUACUUCACCUCAGGACAGUUUAGAGGUCAGCCAUACCCUCAGGAGGAGGAGACCAGGGCUUUGUUCCACCCUCAGCUCUCUGCAAGCCACACUGCAAUGGGAAGCAGUACUUCAACAAAUGAGGGAGGUCUGGGUGUAUGAACUUGAGCCCAGAGAGAAGGGACUCAAAAGUAUGUAUUUGGUACCGUAUCAGUCAGUCAGUCAGUCAGUCAAUCAUUGAAACCCUCAGCUGCCUUGUUCUAACCUUGCUCUCUGAGCGCUGAAUGUUAUCAUCUUAGAUUGUGUGGCUUUCUACUGAAAUGGCCUGUCAUUUCUAGAUAUACAGUGUAUCAAGUUCAUUCCUGUGGCCACAAACGUCUCAGCACCAAACUAUGUUACCAGAGCACUGAGACAAAGUGAUACUACGAAUAUGGAUGGAGGUUGUUAACUGAAACUAGAAGUAGGCUGGUAUUGGCAUCUAUUUGCAGACUGUCUGCUGUCAUCAAGGGUUAGGUCCCUUCAGCGCUAAGUAAUCCGGGUCCAUGUCUUGUGAGAUUUUUUUCAGAUUUUGUCAAGUACAAGAUAUCUAGACUUUUGUGCAAGAUCUAGGAAUCUGAGAUUUUUCUCAACAAAAAAAGUAUACUCUUAAUUCACAAACAUCUACAUAUAUGUGCGCACAUGAACACUGACUGCCUAUAAAGCUUCAACCACCAACUCAAAUAGGUUGUACGGACAUAGCUAUACCAAAACAGAAAGACAUGAUUGUUUGUUUUUUUUUGUUGUUUUUUAAGAAAAAAAACAUUUUUCAAGAGCAGGGAAAUGGGUCUUUCUAAGUGUCUGUGACCCACACAUUUCUCUGAGGAGAAGAAGCUAUAUAUUACAGAAAAUGCAUAGAAAUGUGAAUGCAAGGCUGACACUGGUCUCUAUUCAAUUUAAUACAGAAUUUGUUUUAUGCAUUGCAUUUUUGUCCAGUAGUGGCCUAUCUGUAUGAGAUGUGCCAGAGCAACAUGAAAGCCUUUUGCUGGUAAGCUAUUUGUAGCAAUAUCUAAAGACACUGCAUCACUUUUAGUCAAACUCCAGACUAGAGUGACAGUGUCUCGGGGUCAGUAGAUUUCUUCAAAAGUAGAGUAGCACUCUACGGCUGCAUUUCCUUAGUAGUUCCACUUCCCCUCAGCCCUUGGUAUUACGUCCCACAUACGUCGCAUUGAGGCCACUUGGAGAGCAGAGGGAGAGUGGGCAGUGGAUUUAAAUGGAACGCACCUGCCCCUGUACACUUUCAGCCCAAACUAUCACAAAUCGAUCGCCAGUUGUAAGCUUAGGGCUAUACUGCAUAUUACAAAUCAUCAGAAAUCCCUGCAGACUAAUUUCAAUGAGGCGAAGGCAUCUUCUGCGUAUACUUGCAAUAUGUAGGCACUUUGUAAUUAGCUGCAUCAGUGUCGUGAUUAUCAUAACUAUUAUUGCUACGGGUUUAUAAUAUCUUGCAAAACUAUUUUUCCAUGCGUUUACAGAUAAUGUAAACGCAUAACUAAAGGUAAAGCGUUUGGUUUAUUGCGAACUGCCGCCGAGCAGUUUAUUAUCAUUAAAAAGUAAUAUCUCACUGAUACUUUUGCUGCAAAAAAUAACACUAUCUGCUAACUAGGCAACAGGAGUUUUAUGCACAUUACUGCCACCUAACAAUGGACGUAUUUUCUUGCAGCAAAUGCAUAACUUCAUUGCAUUGUGGGUGAUGUACACCUCUGAGUGAUCAUUGUUGACUGCUCCCUCAGCCCUCCGAGGGUUGAUCUCACUAAGUUCACUUCAGUUUUUCAGACAAAUGGAAGGACUCUUAUGAUGGUGGCGGGGAUUCCCCCUGAGGGCAUGUUGAACGACUAAUGAAACGCAGCCUACCUCUUGUUUUGAAGCCCUUAAGUGUAUUUUUGCUGUCACUUACCCAAUUUCCUCAAUGAGGUAUGCUCUAAUAAAUAUCUAUAAAAAGGUUCUAGCAUGUAUCAAAAGGCCAAAGGAAAGUAGCUGGAAAAGACUCAUAUUUCAUAAGGGUUCCUACUGUACUGUGACUUUUUUUUUUUUUUUUUUUUUUUAAUCGAUGCAGUUAUACAUACCACAGUAUCUGUUUGAAUCAUAUCGUGCCAUGCAUAAUACAUAUUCGUGAUAUCAAUGCUUGUCAUUCAUGCCUUUCUGUUUGUCCUGCAGACUGUUUUUAUACUGUUUCUAUGAAAUAUACACAUUCUCUACACAGAGGAAAACUUUCUGAAAUAACCCUAUUUAUAAGUUAACCCAGUGCUGUAAUCAAGUGAGAAUCUAAUCUUGCCUUUUGCAUAGAGAUAUGUACCUACUGCAAAUAUAACAUUUUGGGGUACUUGAGUCACUAUUUAAUUUUUUUGUUAUUGUUUCUAGCACUUAAGAUUAAAAUAUGUACAAAAAUUAAUAUUUUUUAAUUUUUUAAGAAUAUAAUUAUUUUCUGUCAUUACCAUUACAAAUGUUUAAAAAAGGCUAGAAAUCAAUCUGUGUAUAUUUCUGUACCUGUAUAGCAAACACAUUUCAUAAAUGGAAAUAUGUUCUCUGAAUAUUUAUUUACUAAUAUAUUUAUCUUUAAGCCAUGUCUUAUGUUCAGAGUGUAUGAACGUUUGAGUUAUUUGGUUGCUUUUUAUUUUGAGAAAAAUCACUAACAUGAGACUUUGUAUAUACAUGGUAAUUGCACACAAGACGAUUAAAUCUUCUCUGACCAAAAAACUGAUUUUAAAACUUUAGUACCAUACAGUUUUGUAAUUAAAGUGUACAAAGAUCUGUAAAAUAUACAGUUUUAUUCAAGUAA